AUGAAGCUUACAGUCCACCUUCCUGGGAAGCACAAGCUCGUGUAUGACGAAGACAAAAACUUAAGGGACGUACUGUCAAAAGAUGACGUUGAAAAAACAAUGCUAACUGCGUUCUUUGUGGCAUGCCAGACUUAUGAGGAGGCAAGAGAACUCACGUACAUUCAGUUCCCAACAAGGUUUACAUACCACUCCGACAGUAAAACCUGGACACCAAGAAAAACGGGGGCUUCCAUAGGAAGAGUCACCUAUGUGCAUCCAGCAUCUGGAGCUCUUUACUAUCUGAGAAUGCUCAUUCACGUUUUCAAAGGACCUACUGGUUUUGAAUAUCUCUGCACAGUUGGCAAUACAGUAUAUGAAGAGUUCAGGGAUGCUUGCUAUGCUCGUGGUCUACUUGAUGAUGACAAAGAAUGGCAUGAAGCUAUCGAAGAACCAUCACACUGGGCAACAGGAUGGCAGCUACGGAGGUUGUUUAUCAUCAUACUGAUCUACUGUGAAGUCGCUAAUCCUUUGAAGCUCUGGGAACAUGCAUGGAAGUAUUUGUCUGAAGAAAUUCUCUAUAUGAAACAGAAAGAAUUCAGGUUUCCGGAAUUGAUUCUUCAGGAUGAGCAACUUCAGCAAUAUACUUUGUUGGAGAUUGAAAGACUCUUGAAAGAGAAUGAUAAAUCACUCACUGAUUUCCUUGGGAUGCCUCGGCCAGACGAAACUAUUCUCAAGGAGAUUUCUAACACAGUUCUUCGUCAAGAACUCAAUUACGAUACCGAGAAAGAGAGGAUUGAGCAUGAAAAACUAUUCACCACCAUCAACGAAGACCAGAAGAAGAUAUACAACGCUGUCAUCGAUUCAGUUGAUACACAAGCAGGAAAGUUAUUCUUCUUAUAUGGGGCUGGAGGCACUGGGAAAACGUAUGUCUACAGAACCAUUAUUGCAAGGCUGAGGUCAAUUGGUAAAUUGGUUAUUCAUGUUGCGUCUGCUGGGAUUGCAGCUCUCCUACUCCCAGGUGGAAGGACUGCUCACUCACGUUUAAAGUUACCCCUAAACUUGAAUGAUCAUACAAUGUGUAAUAUCCCGAAAAACUCAAUGCUAGCAGCGCUGAUUGUGAAGACAGACUUGAUCAUAUGGGACGAGGCACCCAUGGCACAUCGUCAGGCUUUUGAAACAUUGGACCGUACACUCAGAGAUCUUCAAUCUACUGCAAACCCAGAAGCUGCUUCAAAACCUUUUGGUGGUAAAACUGUGCUUCUCGGUGGUGAUUUCAGACAAAUAUUACCAGUAAUUCCUCAAGGAACUCGCCAAGACACUGUUGCAGCAUCAAUCAGCAAGUCCUAUCUAUGGGCGUCUGCAGAGGUCUAUACUUUGUUGAUCAACAUGAGACUUAGUCAAGCAGAUAAAGAAUUUGCAGAAUGGAUACUAAGUGUUGGCAAUGGCACAGCUGCUACUGCUAGAUGUAGAGAAGGUACUAAUGACGAGGGUGACCAAUUUUUAAUAGGGAAAGAGUUCGUGAUCCCCACAAAUGAUGAUCCGCAACAGUCUUUAUCAGAGGCAGCAUACCCUGACUUCGUCAAGAACUACUUGAAUCGUUGUUACUUAACAGAGCGAGCGAUAUUGGCACCUACAAACGCAAGUGCACGUGAUAUAAACGCUUACCUCUUGUCCAAGGUACCAUCUGCAGAGAAGGAUUACUUAAGUGCUGACAGUGUUGCCUUCGAAUCUACACCAGAAGAUGACUGGACAUCAAAGUACACACAAGAAUACCUUAACUCACUCGAGUUCCCAGGCUUGCCCACUCACAAACUUAGUCUCAAGGUUGGCGUCCCAGUUAUGAUGCUACGCAACCUGAACCAACGAAAUGGGCUUUGCAAUGGAACAAGAAUGAUGGUUUCAAGACUAGGUAACAGAAUAAUACAAGCCGAGGUGCUUACUGGGACUCAUGUAGGCGACAGCGUUUUGCUCCCAAGGAUUCAGUUAUCGCCUAACGACACAGCGAAACCAUUCACGUUUCGAAGGCGACAAUUUCCCAUUAAAGUUUGCUAUGCGAUGACUAUAAAUAAAAGUCAAGGACAAAGCCUCAAACAUGUCGCUCUCUAUCUCCCGAGACCAGUUUUCAGUCAUGGUCAAUUGUACGUUGCUCUCUCAAGAGUGACAACACCUGAAGGUCUCAAAAUUCUGGAUGAUACAGAAGCUACUACUUCAAAGGAAGCAGUUUCACAUAUCGUGUACAGAGAGAUAUUCAGUAAUCUCAAUACAGGUUAG